UGUCUGGGUUAUCGCUCAAUAUUCGGAGUUUCAAAUAUUAUCUUAGUUAUUAUUAAAUAUUAGUCACUCAUCAUACAAAGACAUCUCAUAAGUUAAUGUCAACAUUGGAAAUUUAUUCUUGUUUCAAGCUCGCAGAAUAUUAUAGUUUCAUAUUGUUUCUGUAAAAUGGACGGGAGGAAAAUUUUUCUGCUUAUCCUGGAAAUUUGUCUCUUGAUUCAUAAUUGCAUUGCUAAUUCAAGUAUAAAUCAAGGAGAAAACAGGAUUGGAGUUCGCGAACGGAGAUCUGUCAAUAAAAAUGAAUGCUUAGCCCUGCAAGUUUCCACCAACCCACAACUGCACACAUUUGGCCAGACAUUCACUGAACUGGCCUCUGGGUUGAACAAGAUUCCCAAAAACUUCAAAGGCGAUGUCAUCCUAUUUGUUGGCAACACUGGAGCAGGGAAAAGUUCCCUGGUGCACAUUUUGGCGGGAGAGGGUGCUACAUUUGUGGGGAAAGAAAUCGGCGAGGACACAGGUGACUACUACAUAGAGGACACAUCUGGGAAAUUUGUGACAAAUACAACCAUUUCCUCGACCACCACCUAUCCUGAGGCAGUUGUGGAUGCCACCUCUGGAGCGGUGCUCUUUGACACACCCGGGUUCCGCGACACCAGGAGUGCAAUCCAUGAGAUAGUUGCCACCUAUGGGCUACACAGUGUUGCCGAGAUGUCCAAACGCAUCAAAAUUGCCCUACUGGUCAACCACAAUUCCCUCACACCAUCAGGACCCAGGGAUGACUUCACCAACACACUGGAGAGUUUCUUCAGCCUGUUCAACAACACCCACAAGUUCCAAGAGAGCACCUACCUGAUUGCCACAAAAACACCGAAUCAGCACAUUAUCCGGCAUGGCAAAAUCACUCGAGUGACAGCUGAAACACAGAUAAAAGGUGUUUCACAGUUCUUGAAAGGAGUUUCCAAUACAUUGGAUAACCGUGAGGGGAAUUAUGUCAAUGAGAAAUUCAUCAAAAAUGCUCAAGCACUUAUUCAUAGCCUGGAGGGGAAAAUUGCUCUCUUCAUGAAGCCAGAUGACAGUGGACCUGUCUUAGAAUCACAUUCCAUACAGCAGUCAAUAAAAUCAAUACGUGAAAUGCUUCUUAGCAAGGAUGGAUAUGUUGAAGUGGAGGUAGGUGAUUUUGGAUUUGCUGUGUCAGACAGAGCCAAGGUGUACAUCAGAGAAUUAUAUGAUCUCAUGAACAACCACAUAGUGGAAGUGAGCAAAUCCUUCGCAGUAUCUUUUAAUAAAUUUGUAACCACUCACUUCAAAAGCUUUGGAGAUAUACAAACCAUCAAAAACCAUCUGCAGAGCACUGUGCAGCAUGUGGGACAUCUGAUACAGAAAACCAAAGUGUCAACAACUCCAAGUGACUAUGUUGAUGCCAUCAUAAAUCUGGCUGACGGAAUUCAAAUGGAAUUCUGCAGCAGACAUGUCCUCACUGAAAUCAAACAGUUGGAUGGUUACCUUGAUGGACUGAAGAAGAUCACUGACCACAACCGGUAUGAUCCAAGCAAAUGGUCCAACUCACUUCACCCACUUGAACGUUCUGUGCAGAAUGAACUGAUGUUCUACAAUUUAAUUGACAAUUUGUACAAGAAGGUGACAGACUACUCAGUGAUUUUCAAGGAUCCAACUGUACUCAGACUGAAACAUGAAACUGAAUUCAGGAUGCCAAUAUUGAUGGCAGAGAAAUUCAUCAAGCACUUGGGGUUGACUCAGUUCAAGAUAACAUCUGACAAAUUAGAAGAAGUCAAUUCAUUCCUGAAGAAAAUUGUUGGAAAAGAGAGCAUAUUCCUCUCUAAAUCAAACACUGUGGUUGUGGUAGAUAGUGUCUUGAAAACUAGUGGUUUGCAUCUGGAUAAACUAGGAAAAGGCAGACUUUCAAAAACUGUGGUGCUGGUUGCAUUGCGGAAAUUGUACAUUGAUUCAGAUCUAGUGAUGAAAGGUUGGAAUCUGAUUGUGAUAGCUCCAGAAUGGCACGUGUUGGGUAAGUUCACACUGAGCGUAGAUGGUAAAGAUCCAUCGGCUACAUAUAGGGGCCAAGCUUCACCUGGGGAGCAUGGGAAGGAUGGUGCAUCUGGCUCAUCUGCAGGCAACUUUCUUGGAGUUGCACUGCACUACUUCAACAGUCACCAAUUGACAAUCAGUGCCAGUGGAGGCAAUGGAGAGAGAGGACAGGAUGGUGGUGAUGGUAAAGAUGGUAGGGAUGGUCAAGAUGAUUUUUAUCCCAGGAGAUGGAUUGAUGACAAUGACUCAGAGAGUAUUUCCCCAUUGUUCAACUUUGCCAACUCGUGGUCUGACACAUACAUACGUAGAGCAGAUUAUGGCAGUGAUGGUGGUGAUGCCGGCCAAGGUGGCAGAGGGGGUUUGGGUGGUUCCUCAGGCUCAAUAAAGACAGUACAGUUGCACAGUUUCUCACCAGAUCGCAGCACACAUCGCUUGCAAGAUGGUAUCAAAGGCAGGGAUGGUGUAAAUGGCCGUCCUGGGAAGGGUGGUCUACGUGGUUGUGACAUCAUUGAUGAAGAGUAUGAGAGGCGCAUUCUGUUCUUCACCACCAGUCGUGGAAAGAAGAGCCGCUUUGUGGAUUGCCACAGGAGGCGCAACUUUGAUGGCACAAUCCGGCCCAGAGGACCAAAUUUUCAAGUGAGACCCACAGCAGUGCCACAGCCUCCCAGCAUUUGUUUGCAGUACAAUGAAGUGAAGCACCUUUUUCAAGACAACAAUGACAUUGUUUCACACUCAACUACUGUUGAAUUCCAAAACUCAUUCAAAAAACAUUUUGGCUGUUAUUGAUAUAAUCACAAAAUGAUACAAUAUUUCCAUGUACAAAUGUUUUUGUGUACGAAAUAAUAAUAAUAUUGAAAAUAUUUGUAUGGUUUCUAUUGGUUGGGAGUUCCACCUUGCCUGAAUAUAUCAUUCAAGCUAUUAAUGAUAAUAGCUCAACCUAUUUUGGAAUAUGUGUAACCCUAUCUAAAUUUGGGAGAGGAAUAGCAAAAGGUUACCUUAUUUUUUCCUCUCCCUAUCAUUUUGAUGAAGUACUUAUUGUAUGAAUGAAUAAUGGGCCUUAUGACUGUCAUACUUCAGCUGGGAUCUGAUGAUUUGUCAAACUCCAACCUGGACAUACUAAAAUUUCCUACUUAGGCUGGUUUUAGAUCAACUGACAUCUUGAUGAAGUGAAUAUCAUCCAAAUUGAGUACUGGAGAUGAUAAAAUACAAAAAUUAUCAUUAUGAAGA